CAGGCUGGAGUCCAGAUGGGCAAUGCAUGCUGGGAACUCUACUGUCUGGAGCACGGGAUCCAGAUGCCCAGUGACAAGACCAUCGGAGGAGAGGACGACUCCUUCAACACCUUCUUCAGUGAGACUGGAGCUGGCAAGCAUGUCCCCAGGGCUGUGUUUGUAGAUCUGGAGCCACUGUCAUUGGUACGAUCACUUUGUCUUGAAAAAAUGAUGAUGACACUAUAUCUUUCUCCAGAUGAGGUGCGUUCUGGAACUUACCGCCAGCUCUUCCACCCUGAGCAGCUGAUCACUGGGAAGGAGGAUGCAGCCAACAACUACGCCCGUGGGCAUUACACCAUCGGCAAAGAGAUUAUUGACUUGGUACUGGACAGGAUCCGCAAACUGGCUGACCAGUGCACUGGCCUCCAGGGCUUCCUGGUCUUCCACAGCUUCGGAGGUGGCACCGGUUCUGGUUUCACCUCCCUGUUGAUGGAGCGCUUGUCUGUUGACUAUGGCAAGAAGUCCAAACUUGAGUUCUCCAUCUACCCAGCUCCCCAGGUGUCCACAGCCGUUGUUGAGCCCUACAACGCCAUCCUGACCACCCACACCACCCUGGAGCACUCUGAUUGUGCUUUCAUGGUAGACAAUGAGGCCAUCUAUGACAUCUGCCGUAGGAACCUUGAUAUCGAGCGUCCCUCCUACACUAAUCUUAACAGGUUGAUCAGUCAGAUUGUGUCCUCCAUCACUGCAUCCCUCCGAUUCGAUGGUGCCCUCAAUGUUGAUCUGACAGAGUUCCAGACCAACUUGGUGCCCUACCCCCGUAUCCACUUCCCGCUGGCCACCUAUGCCCCAGUGAUCUCGGCAGAGAAGGCUUACCAUGAGCAGCUCUCAGUGUCUGAGAUCACAAAUGCUUGCUUUGAGCCAGCAAAUCAGAUGGUGAAAUGUGACCCACGUCACGGCAAGUACAUGGCCUGCUGUCUGCUGUACCGUGGCGACGUUGUGCCCAAAGAUGUAAAUGCUGCCAUUGCCACCAUCAAAACAAAACGCUCCAUCCAGUUUGUAGACUGGUGCCCAACUGGUUUCAAGGUUGGUAUCAACUACCAGCCACCAACUGUGGUACCUGGUGGAGAUCUGGCCAAGGUCCAGAGGGCAGUGUGCAUGCUUAGCAACACCACUGCAGUGGCAGAGGCCUGGGCCCGUCUUGACCACAAGUUUGACCUGAUGUACGCCAAGCGUGCUUUUGUGCACUGGUACGUAGGUGAGGGUAUGGAGGAGGGAGAGUUCUCUGAGGCCAGGGAGGACAUGGCUGCCCUGGAGAAAGAUUAUGAAGAGGUGGGCAUCGACUCCAUUGAGGGAGAGGGAGAGGAGGAGGGAGAGGAGUAUUAAAUAUUUCUUAAUUCCUAUGCCAAAUUCACACAUCACUAGGUGAACCAGAGCUAAGAAUGACUUAAUUAUUUUUUUCUAUAAUUCUGCCUUGAACAACAAACAUCAUGAAGUAGCAGGGUGGUAAGGUGUAGCCCACAAGUCUUUUAAAAUGUGCUUACUCACAAGGCUGAUGUCCUUGCUUCAUCUGUGCGUUUGUGGCGAGUGCCCAAUAAAAUCAUCAAUGAAGGUUA